AUGACCCGCGCUGUAGGAGAGGACACGGAGAUGAUUGCUAGCUUGGAUGAGGUUGCCACUCUGUUCGAUCAGGCUCAAACUAGUGUCUUCAAGCUCAUGGCUAGUGUAAGUUAUGCAGAGAUUGUUGAGCAAUACGCAGCUAACAACCAGCAGGAUUCCGUCCCCAAGUUCAGCAGAGAUCCCAAGUACAUCCGAAUGCUCGAGAAUCGUACCAACUAUGAUCAGAUGAACGCAGCUUUCUCGGCCGCAUCAGUCUCAUAA